CACCACUUGCAGCAUUCGGCAACCAUUCUGCUUGCUCGAGGUGCCUGGUUGAGUUCAAACCGGCGGUAUUCCUUAGGGCCUCGGACCCAUGAUUACCAUCCCAUUCAGCUUGCAGCAAAUGGUGCAACAUGACGUACUGAGACCGAGAUACUCAAAGCGCGCCAUCUGCAACUGCACCCCAACGAUCAUCACCAGAUCUGCCAUCAACAAUCCCUAUCCGACAUCCUCACUAUUCCAAGGUCGCAUCGUGUGCAGCGGUGUUUAGCUCCGCAAUCUGAUUGAACGGGCAUGGCUGAUCCUGACGUUGAUCGCCCCGGCUCCCGGGGAUACCACACAUCUCCCAUCCCCCCAAGUCCGCGCCCCUCGGUAGCUAGUCGGGCCAGCAGGUCAAGUCUGCGACGGGAGCAAGAGCGCCAAGAAGGCCCAGUCCACCCUCGACCAGCUUCGAUAUCAUAUUCCCGCCCACAUACACCCCAAGCAGUCGCCGCGCCUAUUGACGGAAACCCUCGCCCUCCGGCGUCUCAUCCGCCAUUCCAAUCAACCCAGUCGUUGUCGUCGCCCUUUUUCACUCUAAUCAACUCCACGUCGCACUCCUCCAACCGGCAGACGGUGCAUUAUCCGACUGUACAAUACGUGUUUGCCGAUGAUGACCCAGAAAUAUUGACUGCCGCCUUGGCAGCACACCACCGGGGAGACUACGAGGGAAACGGCGAGGAGGGCGAGCGGAAUGGCCCGAUUGAACGUGCUAUUCUCCUCGACUUGGAACCCACUGCUGAUGGUUCCCGCUUUGAAGUAGCGUGGGCUAGCAGUCUGAGCCCCGACUGGGCCGUGACGUCGGCGCGCGUGAGUCGGAUGGAGGGCGGUGGCGGGCCAGUCGCGGGGAUCGACGACAGUCUGAUGCUGAAGAUUGAAGGUGUGGGCGUCGAGCCAGCUUCCGGGCCCUUGGGUAAGACGCCGACACCCGAGGCCGAUUUGCAUGCUUCUAUGGCCAGCGCAAGUCGGCAGCAGCCGCCAGCGGCUGCUGAGGAGUAUGGGGAUUUGCUCCAGGACUUCGAGAAACGCAUGGCGACGUUGCGGAAGGUGGUGGAGACCGGUGCCGCAAGACAACGAGCGCUGGCGGAAGGUUCGGCAUUGGAAAAUGUCGCCGCUCCUCUUCCACCGGGGACUCGCGCCGACGAUGCACAGCAGCGCUGAAGACCUUGACAAUAAGUCUCUCUGGAGGACUGACUUGGCUAUCCUCUACCCUUGAUACCGAACCGUGUGCGAUCCAGGACAACCGCUACUUUGAGAGGCGUACUUAGGUAAUCAUCCGCUCAACCACCUUGACUGGUGGUGCAUGUAUUGUACCGCAGAACGAAGGUCCCGGGCUUGGUUUAUGCUGGGGGGAGUUCGUUCCCGGUGUGAGGAUACAUUUCCGCGCCCAGCCAUUGAAGCCCGAUUCCAUAGCUGGACAGAUGGUGGAUUCACACAACCUGACAGGCACUUUGGCUUUUUAUCCAGGUUUGCAAGACGCAGGCGGAAUCCCAUGCGUUGGGAUCAGGAGACAGUACUAGUAAAUGUGCCAGAGGCCGUGCCACUCAAAGGAAACUCGCAAUGCGAUGUGGAUUGUAUUACAACGCUUUAUAUAUGAGCACAGAAAAUCACAGAAAACUAUCUUCCAGGU